AGUAUUUCUGUUUCUUUAGAAGGUAAGCCUUGCAGAAUGGAGGUAGACACGGGAUCUGCACUUUCGAUCAUCUACUGGGAAACCCUAAAGAAGAUUCAUCCCAGAUUGUCAAAGAAGAAGCUGCAGAAAUGCCACCUGACACUGCGGGACUACCAAGGCAAGAACAUCCCUGUCCUCGGGAAAGGCAAGUUUUUAGUUCAGUUCCAAGCUUUUAAAGGCCAUUUGCCUUUGAUGGUUGUUAAUGGUGCCCUCCCCAGUCUGUUGGGACUAGAUUGGUUCCCUUCUCUCGGCCUUAGUGUAACUGGGAUCCAUGCUGUCUCAACUUCUGACGUAGACGCCCUAUUCUCAGACUAUUCUGAUGUUUUUAGCAGCGAGCUGGGCUGCUAUUCUGGCACCCCCAUCUCCUUCACUGUGGACCCCCAGGCAAUUCCCCUUCGCCUUAAGCCACGCAGAGUGCCUUUUGCCAUCCGUCCAAAGUUAGAUUUAGAAUUAGAUAAGUUACUGAAGCAAGGGGUGUUAGAGCCAACUGACUUUGCCAAAUGGGAGACCCCCAUAGUCACCCCACUCAAGAAAGAUGGCAGCAUAAGAAUCUGGGGUGACUACAAGGCCACCCUCAACCACGCGCUACAGCAGAACGCCUACCCAGUGCCAGUUGUUCAACAUCUCCUGCAUUCACUUGGGGGUGGCAAAAUAUUCGCAAAAUUAGAUCUGGCCCAAGCGUAUCAACAGCUGCCAGUUGACCCCGAGACUGCAGAAGCCCAAACUAUAGUCACACAUCGUGGUGCAUUCAAAUGCAACAGGCUCCAGUUUGGUGUAAGCGUAGCCCCAGGCAUCUUUCAAAGCCUGAUGGAGAGACUAUUACAAGGGAUAAAAGGGGUCGUGCCCUAUUUUGAUGACGUAUUAAUAGCAGCACCCACAAAAAACCAAUUAGAAAAACGUCUCAGAACAGUCCUACAGAGGUUCAAAAACGCUGGCCUCAAGGUUAAGAAGGAAAAGUGCCAGCUUUGCACAGAAAGGGUGGAGUUUCUUGGCUACCUCCUUGACAAGCAAGGAAUCCACCCCACAGAAAAAAAAUUGGCAGCUAUCAAAAACGCCUCAAGACCUAAAAACAAAACCGAUCUCCAAGCCUUCCUGGGACUUAUUAACUUUUAUAACAUCUUCCUACCCCAGAAGGCGACUGUUGCUGAGCCCCUUCAUAGACUACUCAAUAAAAGGGCAUCCUGGAAUUGGGGACGUCGGGAGGAACACGCCUUCCAGCACGUAAAAGACCUCCUUACCUCAAAGGCAGUACUAAUUCAGUAUAACGAGACACUACCUUUGACUGUCACGUGUGAUGCCUCACCAUUUGGGGUAGGGGCCAUCCUGAGCCACGUCCUACCAAACGGCUCAGAAGCACCAAUUGCAUUUUUUUCAAGAACUCUAUCAAAAACAGAAAGAAACUAUAGCCAAUUAGAUAAGGAAGCCCUUGCAAUUGUCUCUGCAAUAAAACGAUUUCAUGAAUAUGUUUAUGGGAGACCGUUUUCUAUUAUAACAGAUCAUAAGCCACUACUUGGGAUCCUGGCGGGUGACAAACCUACUCCACACAUUCUCUCCCCCAGAAUGACGCGAUGGUCAGAAUUUCUCGCUGCCUACGACUAUCAAUUAAAGUACCGCCCGGGGAAAUCUAUUCCCCACGCAGAUGCCUUGAGCCGCUCACCACUACCCGAGCCACAGGAAGACCCAGCUCCCACACUCCCCGUACUGCAAAUAGAGACAAUGCCAUCACCUCCACUAACGGCUCAAGACAUCGCCUUUGAAACCAAAAGAGACUCUUGUUUGGCCCAAGUUCUUGGCUGGGUGGAGAGGGGAUGGCCAGAUUACGACAGUAAGGAAAUGUUUAAGCCAUUUAAAAACAGACAAAUGGAACUUUUUUCACAAAGAGGGUGCGUUUUGUGGGGAGACCGAGUUGUUGUACCAACUAAGUUACAAAAAAGGGUCUUGCAAAUGCUACACGAUGGACACCCGGGC